AUGGAUCAGGAUAUUCAAAUUUCGUUCUACACCAAAUCUAAGCAGUAUUACGUCUCAUCUGCACCUGUCUCAGUACCCCGGCAAACGACUGCUGUGGAGCUUAAUAGAUUGGUGAAGGUUCUGCUAGAUGAAAGUGGAGAAACGAGAGCAUACCCGGAUUUUACUUUUCUGGUUGACAACGAGAUUCUGAUCACAAGUUUACACGACUACUUAUCAGAAAAACAAAUUUUAUCUGAAACUAUCGAUAUUGAAUUUUGCCCGAAACAAGGACCUCCAAAAUAUGAAAAAGAAUAUGUGCAGGAUGACCUGAUAAGUUGCGUCAAACGACGCGAUAAAUACAUUCUGACGGGUGGAUAUGAUGGUACAAUACACAUUUGGGGCAUAGAUAGUAAAAACAUUGUUUUCUCAAUGGAACUAGAAGAUAAAGUUAAAUGUGUGGAAUGGAUCAAUUUAAAUCAAACUGAAGGCAAGGCAGUUUUUGUAUCUGGUGGGUUUGACCAAACUGCUCAGAUUUGGUGCUGGGAUAUCAAGUCUAAUACAAUCAACUGUCUUGCUGUUUGCCGUGGACAUUCUGAAACUGUGAUGACUGCAGCAGCACGCCCGCUCGAUGGAUCUGAUAACAGUGCAACACAUUUCGCCACAGGAUCUUGGGAUGGGACUAUCAAGCUGUGGUCUGCAGCAACUGAAUCCACGGAUUUAUCUGAAGAAACUGGUGGUAUUGCACAUGUACGAAAGUCAACAACAAAAACGCCUACGAGGUUCUCACUUUAUUUCUUCAAAAGUGAAUAUGUGUCUUCAGUGUUAAAUUAA